UUUUCUAUCUCACCCCAUUCCUCCAUAUUUAUCUUUUAUAUUUAAUCACGUACCUUUUUAUCUCUUCACCUCAUAAAUAUUGUCUUUUGGCUUGGCGUGAGAUUAAGGCAGCUGGCAUUGGGUUUGGUUUCUCCUUUCUCUAACAAAAUUUACAGAGGACAACACAGGAGCGGCCUAGCGUUCAAUAUAUAUAUAUAUAUAUAUAUAUAUAUAUAUUUAUAGUCAUCUUUACUGACGGUGUCUGGAGAUUUUUAACCGAUUUUCAUUAUGGUCCGAAAAAUUUGCGUACUAGGAGCUGGAAUUAUUGGUCUCUACUCGGCUGUACGAAUUCUUGAAGACUUACAAAAUGUUGAUGUUACGAUUAUUGCUGAAAAAUUUUCUCCGAACAACACAACCGACGUGGCUGCUGGCUUCUGGAGACCCUAUAAAAUGGGCUCCACAAACGCGUUACUAAUCAAACGUUGGGGCGAUGAAACAUUCAAGUAUCUGCUCGACCUUCAUGAAUCGCCACUUGCAUCCAAGCUUGGUAUCAACCUUGUCUCCGGUUAUUGGCUUAAUAGCUCAGAGAUCAAUCCUAUCUGGAAAGACACGGUCUUCAAUUUACGGGAUCUGACUCCAGAAGAAAAUAAAUUAUUUCCAAAUUGCACGCCGUGA